ACUUGCACGUGCAGCCAUCUUGAAGUUUGUUUUGAAUCACAUCUUGGUGUAAUAUAUGUUUCUGUUUCAGGUGGUUCACUUUUUCUUUUUAAUAAGACGGAGCAAAGGGAAAAAAUGAAGAUUUUAGUUGUGUUAAAGAGGCUCAAGUAGCAGGUCCAUAUUCCCAGGGCCAAGAGAGUGUAGAAAUUAUGCCCUAUUCUAAUACUGACAGUUCCAUGUGUCCUGGUUCUCAUCCAAAUAAUUGCCAAGUGCUUUUAGUUUCAGAAUAUACAGAUACAGCAUUGCUUCCACAUGGUGCACAGGCAUUGGAACAUGAAAAUGCUCAAUCAGUUUAUGUAAAAUAUGAUCACCAAGCAAGUUCUGGAUUUCACUUUGGUCUCGAGUUACAACAGCCUGCUCCAGAACAGGUUGAUGCUGGAGGCUCUGAUCCUAAAAUUCCUCUGUUUUAUUCAACUAGUAUUCAUGAAAGUUUGUCAACCAUUCCUGACAUGGAAUCGGACCCCACUCAACUAAACAUGGGCAAUAGUGAUAUGGAUGCUGAACUAGUACAACUAAUAGAUAACCUCUUCCGGACUCCCUUUGAUCCUUCAAUAUUGGAAGAUAACUGGGAGAGUUCUACUCCUUGUGGUGAAUCCAUAGAGCAUGGAUCAUUGUCUUCCUCCUCUCGUCCUGAUACUGUGGGUAAGUUUGUCAGCAACAAAGUUGUUAAAAGGCUGAGUUUUGGGGGGGAUUUUCAGAUUCAAGAAAAAUCAAAGGCUUCAGUUGAGGGUUCUUCAUCUUUAUCAGAAUCAGCAUGUGAUGCAAUUUCUAAAUUUCAUGAACAAGUAAAUCACCUUGGACUAAUGGAUUCUGUUGACCCCCAGCAGAAACGCCCAGAUUUAAGAAAUAAUAAUUCAAAGGAAAAACACUUUCAGGGAUCGCUAUCAAAUGAAAAACACAGUUAUGUUCUACCCCUAGAUUCAGAUGGUGACUCGAAGUUUGAGGGAAAAUUAAUCUUCUCUUCUUCUAUAGGGCAGCAUUUGUUUGCUGGACUUUUAACAGAACAAGGUUCGAAGAAGAGGUCCAGUCCUGGGGACAAUGGGGAAACAGGUGAGAAUGAAAAUGAGAAUGAUGUUUUGAGCAUUCCAUCUGAAGAGAAAUCGGAUAUCCAAGAUAUAAAUGCUGCUGAAAACUAUAGUGACAGGGCUGAAGCAAAUCUUCUUCUGCGUUUUGAUAAAAUACUGCAUUCAGGCUCCAAUCCCACUAAUCGUUUCACCAGCAACUUAGAGGAUGUAUCCCUGUUGAUUAGUAAAAUCAGUUCAUUGCUGAAAGGGGACAACAAAGAAUUGGACCAGAUGUUAAAGACUGGUUUAGGAAUGGAAUUUUGCUUAGAAAAAUUUAAGGACCAGCUGCUUCAGAAGCAUCUGGAAGAGAUGUUGCAUUUAUGGAUCUUACAGAAGGAUGCUGAAGGUGGUGAUGACCCUAGUAUAUUGGAUGAGGGUGGACAAGGUGUUCUACAUUUGGCAGCUGCACUUGGCUAUGAUUGGGCUUUGGAGCCUACCAUAGUUGCUGGUGUAAGUGUUGAUUUCCGUGAUGUGAAUGGAUGGACUGCACUUCACUGGGCAGCAUUUUGUGGCAGAGAGCAGGCGGUGCCUUCCCUCCUUUCGUUAGGUGCAGCUACUAGAGCAUUAACACAUCCAUCACCUAAAUAUCCCUCAGGCAGAACUCCUGCUGUUCUGGCGUCUGUUAAUGGACAUAAAGGAAUUGCUGAAUCCCUUGCACAUUGCUGUUUGGAUGUCCACAUUUCAUGCAUUAAUUUGGACCACCAAGAGGAUCUUGCAGGACCAAAAGCAGUGCAGAAAAUUUCAGAAAUAAGUGCAGCACCACUUAGCUUAGGGAAUGCAUCAGAUUGCCAGUCGCAAAAGGACUCAUCAGCCACCAGUCCUUAUUUUCUUGAAUUUUGUUUGGAGUUACUGAAGUUAUUUAAGAAAAUUCCAACCGCUGGGAAACCCAUGUUUCUCGAGGGCAAACUUUAUUCUUCAAGCAAGCAUGAUGGCUUUGAUCCUUUUCUAUACAGCCUCUUAAUCCUAAUAAACCUUAGUCAUACAUUUAUAUUAACUGCAGUUAGGUUUUUCCUUCGAGCCGAAAAUCUGAGUGAUGAAGAAGAAGAGGAGAAAGAAGAGGACAAGGGGCCGGAGAAGGAUGAGGGACCGGAGAAGGAGAAAGAAGAGGGAAAGAAACAAGCACCGGACUCUGCUUUGGAUAGUGGAAAGGCAAACAAGAUUUUGAAGGCAUAAUUUGCACACAUGGCUCUGUUGACCGCAUAUUACAAUGUUCAAAGCACGGUGACAAUCCAAAUGCUUGUGUUAGUAUUUGUUGAGGCUUCUAAAAGCACUGGAGAAAGAAAGCUUUCUUAUAUUGAUGAUGGAUUUGAACCGUCAGCGAUUCGCGAAUAGGGGAGGAAACAACGGCGGAAUUAAGUGUGUUUCUGUAUAUGUUGGUUUUACCUCCAUUUGAUUUAUUUGAGCAGGAGUGAUGUUGAUGUAUGAGUUAGGACGGAGUGGGCUUUGGAAAGAAUUCUAGGGAUGAAUUUAGGGUUUACUUUGUGGUUAAAGGGGUUAUUCAAACCACUAGGAUAUUAGUGUUUAAUACAAUUUUAUUACAUAA